AGUGGAUUAUACCUAAAAAUGUCAUGUACAAGUUUGGAAGUUUCCUAGACCCCUGAUAGGGACCCUCAGCCCCACAGUAGGUCCUUGGGCUCCAGGCUAACACCCUUAAGGAUCAGGAGAAGGCCUUUGCCUGCGCCCGGAGAAAUCUCAGCCUCAGCUCCACCCUAAUUACCUCUGGAACUUUGGGCAAAUCCUUUUCAUCCUCUGGCCUCACUUGGCCUGUCUGUAAAAUGGGAAGAGGAUUGGUCCCAAGUGGAUUAUGGACCUUAAACAGGUCCAGGUUCACUCACACCUUCAACCUAGAAGGGAUUCUGGGAAGGGGUUGUUUUUAUGGAAUCUUGGCAUUCUUAGUAAUUUAGAAUAUCUGGGUACACACACACCAGCACCAUCAUUACAGAUGAAGAAACUCGGUCCCUUGGUGCCAGACACUUGACAAAGGACACUCAGAGUCAGAGUGGAUGCCAACAGUGAAUGCCAGGGGCCCCUGACUCUGUGUUCUGAAUGUAUGUUUCCUCCUACACACCAAUCCUCGGCCCUUCUGUCUCCUAGCCUUCCACCGCUCCUAGAAUCUCUCAGUUACCCACUAGCACGCCAUCAUCCAGGAAUUUCUCCUAACCUCUUCCUAACAUUGUUUAUAUGAUUUUGCUCCCUGCUGGGUAAGGGAGGACAGUCUGGGACAUGUCCUUAAACUCCUUCCUGAGCCAGCUCCCUGGGGACCCUACCACCAACGGAGGAAGUGGGGCUGCUUGAGAAGGGGUAUAGUUUUAUUAGCCAGGACGUUGGAUUAUCAGUCUCUGCAGGCUGAGGAACUGGUGCCUGCCCCCUGACCCCCUCUGAGCCUCAGCCUCCUUAUCAGUGACUUGGGAAAGGGUUGGAUUAGCUGUUCCUGGGGAUGAAAUGCAUCCUUAGGCUGGAGCUAGCAAGAACAAUGCUAAUACCGUAUAAGGGCGGUUUACUGCACGCUUAUUAAGCGACCGGCACCAUUCUAAGCACUUAACAUUGUUCAUUCAUUAUGUUUUACACUCAAGAUUCGCAUGCAGACUUCACAACAACCCAGUAAGGAAAUGCUAUCACGAUUCUCCUUUUGUAGAUAAUAAUACCAAGGUCCAGAUAAGUCAAGUCACUCGUGUACCAUCACACAGCGAGUAUAUGGCGGAGCUGGGAUUCCAACCGAGGUCGGUGUGACUGCGCAGCCAGUUUCCGCUCUUACUCCCAGAGAGGGCGCUGGCCUGCAAAGGAAGGUGUACCCGGAACUCAUUAGAUCUAAUUAGGACUAAUUAAGAGCCUCCUUUGGGUGGGGAAGCCGACUCGGUACGUGACAUCACUAAGUAGCAGUGACAUCGGACAAGGCGGGCGUGGGAAUCCGUCCCCACUCCCGCGAGCAGCCGUUUAACGGCGCCGCCCCCUGACCGCCUCACUUCCGCGUUUUAUUUGCAUAUUCAGCGAACGGACGUCGGGACGCCAGCUUCGACGCGGUGACGUCAGAGAGCGCCCCUGCAGUUCCUCCCGAGCGUGCGUCCGUACGUACGCACGCACGGCCACAAGCGGGCAGGGGAGGAGUGGCGAGAUCCGAGGCGCCCCACCCAGUCAGCAAGGUUGCGCGUGCCCCGUGCGACCGCCAAGAUGGUGGUGGGCGCGUUCCCUAUGGCGAAGCUGCUAUACUUGGGCGUCCGGCAGGUCAGCAAGCCGCUUGCCAACCGCAUUAAGGAAGCCGCCCGCCGAAGCGAGUUCUUCAAGACCUAUAUCUGCCUCCCGCCGGCUCAGCUGUACCACUGGGUGGAGAUGCGGGCCAAGAUGCGUAUCAUGGGCUUAAACGCCCAGGCCAUCAAGCCGCUGAACGAGGACGCGGCCGCCGAGCUGGGCGCGGAGCUGCUGGGCGAAGCCAUCAUCUUUGUCACAGCUGGCAGCUGCCUGAUCCUGGAGUACUGGCGCCUCCAGUUGCAGCAUCGCCGCAAGGAAAAGUGGCAGCACGCUACCUGGGGCGCGCUGCGGGACGAGGUAGGACACCUGGCGCAGGCGCUCGAGGCGCUGCAGGCGCAGGUGCAGGCGACGCCCUCGCAGAGCACCCUGGAGGAGCUGCGCGCGCAGUUGCAGGAGGUGCGCGCCCAGCUCUGCAUCCGGAACCCGCCGCCCGGGUCAGACAAAUAGGAGGUCGCGGGGCUACUCUUGGACGUGACUGCUGUCUGGGCUGCGAAGUCUCUGACAUGGCCUACACCCCGCAUGGUCCCUUUCUGAACGGCCCAGCUGACACUACCAGGUCCUUUUGGGAACAGAAGGGAUCGUGGGCUGGAGCUGAUCCAACCGGGCAUUUGGUCACCUCCUACUAACCUCCAGUGGUACUUUCCACUAGGACUCCCUCCCACUGUUGGAAUGUUCCACCGGGGACCCCUCCCUCCCCCUCAUCCCCACCAGCACAUUGGCUUAUCACUUAAGAAAGACUGCUGUCUUUUAUGGGACCCCCCCACCUACCCACCACCAGGUGGGCCAGCAGAACUCCUCCUGGCAAGCUCCGAACACCCCCUACCUCUUCCUCAUUGGUACAGACCAUCGAACACCCCCUACCUCUUCCUCAUUGGUUCAGACCAUCGUGAAGAAAAGGCAAAGUUCCAAUGAACUUCCCAGCUCCGCCACCCUUCAGCUACCUCACUCUGGGGUUACAGGGGGCUGGGUGGAUCUUGGGCUAAAUUAGCUUCACUGAGCCACCCUGUGGCUCCUGCCUUAAACCUACCAUUGGUGCCUUUAACUGGGGCCAUCUCUGCCUUAAGUGCCUGUAACCGGGGUCAUCAUCUUCCAACAGACCCUCUCUCAUUCCUUUGGUCUAUGGCACAACCCACUGGCCGGGCUGUGCCAGGUCUUCCUGGGCAGUGCCUCCCAGACCUGCCAUCCCUAGUUCAUGCAGGACAUGGCCUUUUGGAAAGAUUGGUCCUGACUAGGGCUAAUUCAUCCUGGCUUUCCGUCUCAGUCCCUGUCCUAAGUCCUAGACCUACUGCUGUCCU